UAUUGACUGCCAUGAUGCAAUAGAAGAUUCUAUUUUGCAGAGAAAGGUCAAUAGAAAUUGUCCUCAGAUGAGUGGGUAGAUGAGUGGGUAGAGUUAUUGGUAAAUCCAUUAUUGUCUAAAAGACCAUUAUUGUUGAAGAGGAGGCCAUCCCCGCAUCAUUCACAGGGAUAUUAAAUCAUCAAACACUCUUCUUGAUAGCAACUUUGAAGCUCAUGUAUGCUUGAUUGUUUGUUCUCAAUUUACGUUUCUUUCUUCUAUUACCAUGUUCUCUAUAAUGGUGUUUACUUUUGAUGAAUCAAAAAAAUUAUAGCCACAUUAUCUUUGCAUAUGCUAUAUGCUUUCUAUAUCCUAUUACUGACAUUAUAGCCACAUUAUAGAGUAGGUGAAGAACCUUUACUCAUUGACCCUUCAACCAUAUUAUUGACACAGCAGAACACAAUUAUGUAAGUUAAAUCUAUUGAUGUUUUUAAAUUAAACAUUUUAUAUUACGUAGUGGUAUUCAUUAAUGGUGAUGUAGAAUCUGAUGGUUGAGCGGUUGAAUGAGAAAGACUUGGAUGGGAAUAUGGAUGAUGCAGCUAAUGCAGUGUUCAAGGAGGUUUUAGGACAUCCACCAAGUUAUGCAACAGGUCUAGGCCACACUGUUAUACCUGAACCAUCUCUUUCAUUGCGCAACAAUAUGGAUUAUCAACGCAUUAUUGAGGAGAAUGAGAAUAACAAGAAUGAUGCAAAUUUUUACAAGAGCCAGUUUGAGGCACUGAGAUCUGAUUUACUAGAAUUCAAGAACCAAUUUCAAGACUAUGAGAAAUUGAUGAACAUUCGCAUGACAGAGUUGGAGUCUCAAAGGGUAUUGAAGGUUGAUCAGCCAGUUGAUGAGGAUGAUAUCAUUUUUGGCCACUUUUGUUGAGCAACUUAGGAUGUGGCUUGGUUGGAAGUGAUAGGAAGGACAUACAACCUAUAUAUUGACAGGCACUUUUUACUCCUUUG